AUGGAAGGCGAGUCUCUCGACCAAAUGACGGCCCGCCACCGGCGUGAGGUCAAGGAGCUCCAAGGCCGAACCACGAGCAAGAAGAAGAAUGCGACCAAGAAGACGCGCAAGGGCGUCAACGACGAGUGCGCCGCCAUGGAGCGGCAGUUGCGGGAAAAGCAAGCGGGCGAAAUUGCCACCCUCGAGGGCAGCAACACGCCACGGGACGUGACGCCCAAGCAGCACGACGACGACGGCGACGACGACGACGACCGCGCCCACCUCUACGGCCCGGGGCGGGCAGAGCGGGCAAAGCGGGCGGCACCGGAACAAGACGAAGCCCCAGACACGGCGGCAGACGAGCUGAAACCGAGCAUCGGCAAGGCUCUCCCGCAGCCGGGCAAGAAGCGGAGCCGGCAGAAGGAGCGGCUGGCGCGGCGAGCAGCAGAGCAGGAGACGGCGGCUCGGCGGGCGGAGUCGGAGGCGGCGGGCAUGACGGACCACCGGACCAUGGAGAGCGCGUCCAUGAAGGAGGAGUUUGCGGCGCUGGGCCUCGUGGAGAAGGACAUUGAGCCCGACGGGCACUGCCUGUUCUCGGCGGUGGCGGACCAGCUGGCGCAGAAUGGGAUCCCGACGGGCCGUACGGACGCGGCCGAGCCCGAGCACAGGACGGUGCGGCGGGCGGCGGCGGCCUUCAUGGGCGCCCACGCCGACGACUUUGCGCCCUUUGUCGAGGGCGACCUGGGGAGCUACGUGGCGAGGAUGCGCGACACGGCCGAGUGGGGGGGGCAGCUGGAGCUCACGGCGUUGGCGAGGCGGUACGGCGCCGAGAUACGGGUGGUGCAGCACGGGAGGACGGAGAGGAUCGGCGAGGAGGAGGGCGCGCAGACGGGCAAGGUCUUGUGGCUGGCGUACUACCGCCACGGCUACGGGCUGGGCGAGCAUUACAACUCCCUGAGGCGGGGGUGA